AUGGCGCGGUAUCAGGUUUGCCUGUUGCUGCUAUGCUGUUGUGCUUUCUCCAUGGCGGCACUACCAGACCCCCUAUCAGAAGACUUCAUCAACAUCAUAAACACAAGGCAAAAUUCCUGGUUAGCUGGUCGCAAUUUCCCGUUACAGACAACAUUGGCGACGAUGAAGAAGCUCAUGGGAGCGUUGAAAGAUAAGUUUAUGUCAAGACUGCAGACGGUCGAACAUUCACCCGAUGACAUAAAAGAUUUGCCAGAAAACUUUGACCCGAGAGAUAAAUGGCCCGAUUGUCCGACGUUAAACGAAAUUAGAGAUCAAGGUUCGUGCGGGAGCUGCUGGGCUUUCGGUGCUGUUGAAGCCAUGACCGAUCGCUACUGUAUCUAUUCGAAUGGAACGAAGCACUUCCACUUCUCUGCUGAAGACUUAUUAAGUUGCUGUCCAAUAUGUGGACUCGGUUGUAACGGAGGUAUGCCAACACUCGCGUGGGAGUAUUGGAAGCACUUCGGGAUCGUCUCCGGAGGUAACUACAAUUCGACUCAAGGUUGCUUACCCUAUCAGAUCCCACCCUGUGAGCAUCACGUGCCCGGCGACAGAAUGCCAUGCAGUGGCGAUACUAAAACACCUAAAUGUGAACGUAAAUGUAGGGAGCCCUAUAAGUCCGCUUACAAGGAGGACAAGCGUUAUGGAAAACACGUUUAUUCAGUCCGUGGUGGUGAAGAUCACAUCAGAGCUGAAAUUUACAAGAACGGUCCAGUAGAGGGCGCGUUCACUGUUUACUCCGAUUUACUGACUUACAAAAGUGGUGUGUAUAAACAUACAGUAGGAGAUGCGCUGGGCGGACACGCUAUUAAAAUUAUGGGCUGGGGAGUUGAAAACGGAAACAAAUAUUGGCUCAUUGCAAACUCGUGGAACUCGGACUGGGGAGAUAAUGGUUUCUUCAAAAUUCUACGUGGGGAGGACCACUGCGGUAUUGAAAGUUCUAUUGUCGCCGGCGAACCGCUUUUAGACUAA